AUGUGUGCAACGCUGAUAUAUUGUUCUCUGCGUUUGAUUGCGAGUACUCGAUGGAUGUUCUGGGUUAUUGAUUGCUUAUUGCUUGCUAUUAUUACAACGCAUCAAGCCCAAGACUUAACACACUGUGCUUUUUCUGAAGGUGACAGUGGCUACCCCCUCAGGACCUGGCUGAUGACCCCUCUCCACAACCCCCACACUGACCGAGAGCGGAGGUACAACCAUCUCCACUCUCGCUCUCGGUCAGUGGUGGAGAGGGCCAUCGGCCAGUUAAAGGGUCGGUGGCGCUGUCUGGACCGGAGUGGCGGCAUGCUUCUGUAUCGUCCGGAGAAGGUGUGCCGCAUUGUGAUGGCGUGUGGCGUCCUUCACAAUGUGGCACAACUGCACCACAUCCCCAUGGCUGAGCAGCACGUCGCCCCAAAUGAUGAUCCAGCAGCAGACGGAGGGAUGCGAGCUGAUCCCUGCCGGGCCGCCGUCCUCGCGUGGGAGAAUCUCAUCGCCACAAUGUGA